AUGAGUGUGAAGGGCAAGGAGCAGGGAAACUACGACACAGGAUACUCGGAAGUUGAAGGAAGCAGGGACAACGAGGAGGAGGAGGAGGAGGAGGAGGAUGAAGCCUCAACAGAGAAGAACAGCAAAGAACCUGAACCAGGGUUUAAACUAAAGAAAGCCAGUAAAAGUGUGGCCAACAAGAAAUCCAUCUAUGUGAUCCACUGCGACAAGUGCCAGGAGCAGUUUGUUUCCUGGAAAAAAUACGUGGAUCACUGCCGGGAUGUGCACCAGAGCCUUCUUGGCAAGGUGUACCAGUGCGAGGUGUGCAGCAAGGCCUUCGCCAGCUACACCAGCUGGAAGGAGCACCGUGCCUGCAUGCACAGUGAGGAGAGGAGAUUCUCCUGCAGCCUCUGCCAGGCCACCUUCAAGAGGAAGCGGGAUGUGAGGACUCACUCCAUGCGGAAGCACGAGGGCAGGGCCAAGCAGCCACCGUGCUCCGUGUGCAGCAAGAUCCUGAGCUCCUGCACAGCACUGGUGUUCCACAUGCGGACGCACACUGGCGAGAAGCCCUACGAGUGUGGCAUGUGUCACUCCAGGUUUGCUCAGCCUUCCCAGCUCAAGAUCCAUACCAGAUCCCACACUGGGAAGAAGCCCUACAUUUGUGAGGACUGCGGCGCUUCCUUUGCUGACAGAGGAAAACUCACCAGCCACAAAAGGACACACACAGGAGAGCGGCUCUUUGGAUGUGACAUGUGUGGGAAGCACUUUGCCACCGACGAGUACCUGAAGUGGCACAAGCGCUGUCACCUGGGAACCAAACCCUACAGGUGUGAGGUUUGUGGGAAAGCCUUCGGACACAGAGCCUCCCUGGCCCAGCACAGCAACGUCCAUGCAGAGACCCGUCCCUAUUUCUGCGAGCAGUGUGGGAAGGCCUUCACACAGCAGGGAGCUCUGUGGCGGCACACCAGAGAGAAGCCCUACAAAUGCCGGGGCGAGAGGACCUUCACCGAUAUGUCCACCCUGCGCCGACAUGUGGCGAUCCAUGACCAGAAUGCUCACUGGAGAAGCUUCUUAACUGACCUCACACAAAAAAAAGACCACAAUUGGUCCAAAAUAGAGACUUUAGUGGAAGCGCAUCCAGGAAGAGAUCCCAUGCCGGAAAUUUGGUCAGUUGACCACGGGAAACUUUAUAAACCAGGAAGUGCUAAAGCAGCAGCAGCUCACGUGACACCUGGGCUUGGGGACACCGGGAACACUGACUCCUCCCUUUUGUACUUAUAAAGUCAGUUUUAGACCUAAAAUGGGCGGUUGGAGGCAGAAUGGUGGGAAUGCAGGGAAUCAUUCCAGAUGGUCACUGCAGCUGCCUCGGGAGCUGCAUUGCAGGUGGUAAAGGUGUAAUUCCUCAUGAGGGUAUUUAUUCCACUGAAAUGUUUGCAUUUGUCCAGAGGUUUAUUUUUCACAAAGCUGUGGGAGCAUCCCAUUUGGAAUGGGCAGGGUGGGGUGUGUGUUUAUACAAACACGGUGCGAUGCCGCCGCUGUAUAUCACCCAUUCCUCCUUUAAUAAAGCUGCCAGUGCCGCCCAGGCCAUCCCUCCUUCAU